GCCGCCGCGCGCGCCCCUUCUCCCUCCUGGCACUCUGCUCUCGAGCCAGCCUUCCGGACAAACUUUGAUGGAGAAUCUCACACCGCGCUGGAAACAUGCCGGUGAUGAAAGGAUUACUGGCGCCCCAGAACACCUUCCUGGACACCAUCGCCACCCGUUUUGACGGAACACAUAGCAACUUCAUUCUCGCCAAUGCCCAGGUGGCCAAGGGUUUCCCCAUAGUCUACUGUUCUGAUGGCUUCUGUGAGCUUGCUGGAUUUGCCCGAACCGAAGUCAUGCAAAAGAGUUGCAGCUGCAAGUUCUUAUUUGGUGUUGAAACCAGCGAGCAACUGAUGCUUCAGAUCGAAAAGUCACUGGAGGAAAAAAUAGAAUUCAAAGGAGAAAUUAUGUUCUACAAGAAGAAUGGGUCUCCAUUUUGGUGUCUAUUGGAUAUCGUCCCUAUAAAGAAUGAGAAAGGAGAUGUGGUACUUUUUCUGGCCUCGUUCAAAGAUAUAACAGAUACAAAAGUGAAGAUUACUCCAGAAGAUAAAAAAGAAGACAAAGCCAAAGGAAGAUCAAGAGCAGGGACCCAUUUUGAUUCAGCCCGGAGACGGAGCCGAGCCGUCCUUUAUCACAUCUCCGGGCACCUGCAAAGAAGAGAAAAGAACAAACUGAAAAUAAAUAAUAACGUUUUUGUAGAUAAACCAGCAUUUCCAGAGUAUAAAGUUUCUGAUGCAAAAAAGUCCAAAUUCAUACUCCUGCAUUUUAGCACUUUUAAAGCUGGCUGGGACUGGCUUAUUCUGUUGGCGACGUUUUAUGUUGCUGUGACUGUACCUUACAACGUUUGCUUUAUUGGCAACGAUGACCUGUCCACGACUCGGAGCACAACAGUCAGUGACAUUGCAGUGGAGAUUCUUUUUAUUAUAGAUAUUAUUCUAAAUUUCCGAACAACUUACGUCAGCAAGUCUGGCCAAGUUAUUUUUGAGGCAAGAUCAAUCUGCAUCCACUAUGUCACCACUUGGUUCAUCAUUGAUUUAAUUGCUGCCCUACCGUUUGAUCUCCUAUACGCUUUCAACGUCACAGUGGUGUCCCUGGUGCAUCUCCUGAAGACGGUGCGGCUCCUGCGCCUCCUGCGUCUUCUGCAGAAGCUGGACCGUUACUCCCAGCACAGCACAAUCGUCCUGACUCUGCUCAUGUCCAUGUUCGCACUCCUUGCACACUGGAUGGCCUGCAUCUGGUAUGUCAUUGGAAAAAUGGAGAGGGAAGACAACAGCCUUCUCAAGUGGGAAGUUGGUUGGCUUCAUGAGCUGGGAAAGAGACUGGAAUCUCCAUACUAUGGCAACAACACUCUGGGCGGCCCAUCAAUCCGAAGUGCCUACAUCGCAGCUCUGUACUUCACCCUCAGCAGCCUCACCAGCGUGGGGUUUGGGAAUGUUUCUGCCAACACAGAUGCGGAGAAGAUUUUCUCCAUCUGCACCAUGCUGAUUGGGGCCUUGAUGCAUGCUUUGGUAUUUGGAAACGUGACGGCCAUUAUACAGAGGAUGUACUCCCGAUGGUCUCUCUACCACACCAGAACCAAGGAUCUGAAGGACUUCAUUCGUGUCCAUCACCUGCCUCAACAGCUCAAGCAGAGGAUGCUUGAAUAUUUUCAAACAACCUGGUCAGUCAACAAUGGAAUAGAUUCCAAUGAGCUUUUGAAAGACUUUCCAGAUGAGCUGCGUUCUGACAUCACUAUGCACUUGAACAAGGAGAUCUUGCAGCUGUCCCUGUUUGAAUGUGCCAGCCGGGGCUGCCUCAGGUCUCUGUCUUUGCACAUCAAAACGUCUUUCUGUGCUCCGGGCGAGUAUCUGCUGCGUCAGGGGGAUGCGUUGCAGGCCAUCUACUUUGUAUGCUCGGGCUCCAUGGAAGUUCUGAAAGACAGCAUGGUACUGGCUAUUCUCGGGAAAGGGGACUUAAUUGGAGCAAACCUAUCAAUUAAGGACCAAGUGAUCAAGACCAAUGCAGAUGUGAAGGCUUUAACCUACUGUGAUCUCCAGUGCAUCAUCCUCAAAGGACUCUUUGAAGUGCUAGACCUUUACCCAGAAUACGCUCACAAAUUCGUGGAAGACAUUCAGCAUGACCUCACAUACAACCUACGGGAAGGGCAUGAGAGUGAUGUGAUAUCAAGAUUAUCAAACAAAUCUACAGUCUCACAGUCAGAGCCAAAGGGAAAUGGCAACAUCAACAAGAGACUCCCAUCCAUUGUAGAAGAUGAGGAAGAGGAGGAGGAGGGGGAAGAAGAGGAAACAGUAUCACUGUCUCCCAUCUACACAAGACGAUCCUCCUCCUCACGCAGCAAGAAGGUUGGAAACAAUAAAAGCUACCUAGGACUAAGCUUAAAGCAGCUGGCCUCAGGAACGAUGCCGUUUCACUCACCUAUGAGAGUUUCCAGUUCAAACUCCCCUAAAACCAAGCAGGAGGCUGACCCUCCUCACCACAAUAAAAAAAGGGAGAAGAACUUGAAACUGCAACUUUCCAUUUUGAAUACUGCUGGACCCCCAGACCUCAGUCCGAGAAUUGUUGAUGGAAUUGAAGAUGAGAACAGCAGUGAAGAGAGUCAGACAUUUGAUUUUGGCUCUGAACGAAUGAGGCCAGAACCCAGAAUUUCCCCUCCCCUUGGAGACCCAGAGAUCGGCACUGCUGUUCUCUUCAUCAAAGCAGAGGAGACUAAGCAGCAGAUAAACAAACUCAACAGUGAGGUAACCACACUGACUCAGGAGGUAUCCCAGUUAGGUAAAGACAUGAGGAAUGUGAUGCAGCUUCUGGAAAAUGUUCUGUCACCUCAGCGGCCAUCCCAGAUUUGCUCUUUGCAUGCCACCUCCGUGUGUCCCUCCAGGGAAAGCUUACAGACCAGGAUGAGCUGGAGCACACACCAACCUUGCCUGCACUUGCAAACAGGUGUGGCUGCCUAUAACCAAGCACAGCUUUGUCAUGGUAAUGUCACUUCUGACAUUUGGAGUAUGGAUCCAUCCUCUGUGGGGAGCAGCCCCCAGCAAACUGGAGUUCAUGAGCGAAAUCCUGCAGACAGUGACCUUUGUCAUUCUCCAAACCUGGGUUACUCACCUUCUCGCUACCAGGUCGUCCAAGAAGGUCAUUUACAAUUUCUAAGGUGCAUCUCUCCACAUUCAGACACUACGCUGACGCCUUUGCAGUCUAUUUCAGCAACACUGUCAUCCUCCAUCUGUUCCUCCUCAGAAACAUCCUUGCACCUGGUUCUCCCAAGCAGAUCAGAGGAGGGCAGCUUCAAUCAGGGACCUGUUAGCUCCUUCAGUCUGGAAAACUUGCCAGGCUCUUGGGACCAAGAAGGAACAGCGUCUGUCUCUACCAAACCCUUGGAGAACUUUCCCCUGGAAGUUAUCACAAGCACAGCAGAAGUGAAAGACAACAAAGCCAUAAAUGUAUGAUAUCAACACAUAGGAUGCAACUGCCAAUUUCAAACCCACAAAUGCAUGACAGCUUUAGUUUGCCUUUUUUGCCUCUGGCGGACAUGAAGACUGAGCAAAGAUGGGAACCCUACAAGAGAGUGUAAGAAGCCAGGGGAAGGCAGAGCCACCUCCACACUGUAGCAAACAAUUUCUAGAUCCUAGAGCAUAAUACAAACAUUUUUCUGUACAGGUAUUUACUUACUGGUCUGUCUGACAGACUUUGGUAAAAGUCCAGGGACCUGGAGAUUCUAAGCAGCUAGAAGUCCAAGACAAAGAUUUUGUGGAUUAGUUUUGUCCUAGGUGGCUUUUGUGAAGUGCAGCAAAGGUUUUUCCUGAGUGCCUGCUUGUCAUUCCUGAACAAUAUCCGUAGCACCAUUGGCCUUGGGAGUGCGCAGCUCCUGCUGAUCUAUUUUUCUUUUUGUGAAGGCAAAGGGACAAUUAUCACUGCAUGUCCUCUCCUAGACAAUCAGUCAAGUAGAGCUGGUGGCCAGUGGUUAGCUAUUCGCACGUUAUUUGCCAUGUAAA